CAAGCCAUUGUCAUUCACACGGCCGGCCGCCCCAUUCUUAUACUCUCAAGCCUUCACUCAAGUCUUCAUCAUCUUCUUGGUAGCAGUUGUCAUUCUUCUUCUUCUUCAAACGGGUUUGGUCGCCUCUCAACAAGUUUUCCAUAGACUGACAAGUUCUCGAGUCUGAAGAAGUGGUAGAAAAGUGAAGAUAUGAAUGCAUUUAAGGCUUUCAAAGCCCAGGUACCAAUUGCGUGGAGUCCUAACUUAUACAUAACCUUGGUAAGGGGCAUGCCUGGUACCAGGAAACUUCACAGGCGUACUUUAGAAGCAUUGCGUCUUCGCAAAUGCAAUCGCACUGUCAUGCGAUGGAAUACUCCAACUGUCAGGGGAAUGCUUCAACAGGUCAAGAGGCUAGUUGCUAUUGAGACAGAAGAGAUGUACAAGGCCCGAAAAGAAAAUGAGGCAAAGCGCCGAGCACUUCGUUCCCCUUUGGUCAUAAAACACUUGCCUGCUGAAGCAAGCAGCUCUUCGUAGACUGUCCAAUUGUUUUAUGUACUUUAGAGGCCUGCUCUCUAGUUCUUGAAGUAAUAUUAAUGUCUCCUUUGAAGGUAUGGCUGAUGUUACAAACUGAGAGCCUUUUUGUUUACAUAAUGGAUUCAGAUGUUUAUCCUACUUUUUGGUUUGUGUAUCAUCCCAAAUUUAAUUUAGAAGUUGCCAAGUAGCACUACUAUUUGCAUUUUAAA